AUGCGAGCAGCAGCGCGCCAAGCCUCGCGCCUGAUCAGCGAGCAGACUCGUGCCGAGUCAUGUGGGGACAAGGAUGAGGACCAUGUUCUCGAAGCUCCACACGAUGCCGAGCACGACCAAGACGCCCUGUCUAACGGCCGCGACGACGAACACCAUGACCCUGGCUACGACUCACUGAGCGACAGUGACUUUUCACACGACGAUAGCGACGACGACGACGACGAUUAUAAUGAUAACGGACCCCACCACCUGAGAGACGACCAACAAGCCCCAUCAUCUUUCCUACGCAGAAGCAACACUCCACGAGUCGACCCAGCCAGAGCACCCAACAGACUGCCUUUUAGAGUCGCGCCAGCAAACUACAACCCUCAGGGCCACAAGAACAAAUCUGCCUUUGGAAGGCUUCCAAUCAGAGACGCGACCAUGUCAGUGCGACAGAACAAUGGCAUCCCUCGCCAGAACAUGCGCGACGCCAUAGUACAGCAAUGGGACCCGUCACGGCGUCCGAAUGGCCAGUCACACCAACCACAUCCCACCGGAGCUCCACCGACACCGCCAUUGAACGACAGCGAAGAGGAGCACGCCGAAAGACAGAGGACUUUGCGCGACAAGAUCAUGCAGCAAGUUGAAGAGAAUGGUAUUGAGCGUCCCCAAGGCUAUACCGUCUCAUAUCAUUACAACCGUCGCGUCGAGAACAUGCACUUCGGUCGCACACAUCCCAUGAAGCCAUGGCGCUUGACUUUGACCAAGCAUCUCGUCAUGGGCUACGGCUUGCAAUUUGCAAUGGACAACUACGACGCCCUUCCUGCAAGCAAAGAGACUGUCGCUGCUUUCCACGACCAAGACUAUGUCGACUUUCUUUCAAGAGUCUCGCCUCAGACUUUCAACGAGCUCUCCCACAUCUACGAGGACAGGACCCCGCCGAGCUACCCUGGAGACAUGGUAAAGCUGGGCCCUUUCAACCUGUCCCCGUCACCAGGUGCUGAUUGUCCUGUUUUUGACGGAAUGCAAGAAUACCUCUUUUUAUAUACCGGCGCCACCAUGGAAGCCGUGUCGGCCUUGACAAACAAUCAAGCUGAUAUUGCUAUCAAUUGGUCUGGUGGGCUCCAUCACGCACACAAGUCCGAAGCUUCAGGUUUCUGUUAUAUCAAUGACAUUGUCCUGGGCAUUCUGGAACUCCUAAAAUGCCAUCAACGUGUUCUAUAUAUCGAUAUCGACGUCCACCACGGCGACGGUGUCGAGGAAGCCUUUGCAAGCAGCGACAGAGUCAUGACACUCUCCUUUCAUCGCUACGGUAUAAUCGAUGAGGAUUCCAAGGAAAAGCAUCUAUUCUUCCCGGGCACUGGCGCUCUCAACAGCAACGGAAACGAGAACAGCAUUGGCAGCCAUUUUGCUUUGAACGUUCCGAUCCCUAAGGGUAUCGACGAUGAUCAGUUCUUGCACCUCUUCGAAUCUAUCACUGGUCGUACACUCGAGCAUUUCCGCCCUCAAGCCAUCGUCCUGCAAUGUGGUGCUGACUCACUUGGUGGUGAUCGACUUGGUCAAUUCAAUCUCAACAUCCGCGCUCACGGCGAGUGCCUAGCCUUUGUCAAGAAAGCUGGCGUGCCUCUUCUCAUCCUUGGUGGAGGCGGCUACACGGCGCGCAACGUCGCUCGCGCCUGGACUCACGAAACCGCACUUGCAGUUGGUGCAACUCUCAACGAAGAGCUACCCAUGCACAUUGUUCCUCGUCCCCAAGCUUUCAUGGGCAAGGAACAUGGUGACGGCAGACUAUAUCCCGAACUAGCCGGCUUCCACAAGAACAAUGUCACACAGAAGGAGUUGGAUCUAUUAGUCGAACACUGUCAUGAGGAGUUGAGGUAUAUCAAGCACGCACCCAGCGUCGUCAUGGAGAGUCUUCCCGGCAGAGCUCAGAUGGACGCUGCAAGAAGACAGGUUGACGACGAAAUGGAAGCAGAUCGUGCUGCUGAAAGCGGCAGAGGCGAGCGUGAGAGACGCAGACGCGAAAGAGGUACCGGCAUACGCGGAGAACUUCGAUAG